AUGUCAUUCUUCAAGUCAUUGACAAAGAAGACACCGGCAGCAGCAGCCACGAAUCAGCAACCACAACCACAGCAACAGCCACAGCAACAGCAACAGCAACAGCAACAACAGACAAAGUCAACCGCUUCAACUUUAACAUCAUCAUCAACAACAUCAACAACAUCGACAUCAAAGACAUCGACUCCUUUGACCUCAUCGUCACAACAACAACAAUCGUUGAAUACAUCAGCAGAGCAGCGACAACAACAGCAACAACAACAAUAUAUAGAUACGAACAAGGAUGAUGUAAUAGACGACACUUUACCAUCAUCGGAAUAUAUAAUAGAGAUAUGGGGCAAUGAUUGGAACAAGAAACAGCCGAAAUACCCAAAGAUAGACUUUACACAAUUGUACAGUGGCGAACGAAUCGUCUCAGUAUCAGCGGGCGCUGUACAUGUGGCGUUGACAACAAACUCUGGUCUGAUAUAUACUUGGGGCGAUGGCCAGACGGGCAGACUAGGACAUGGCAACGAGGACUCACUUGCACAUCCAAUGCCAAUCGACUCAUUACGACAAUAUAAGAUUAAGGCGGUUUGCUGUGGAGGCAAGGGUACCGUCGCCCUUACGCACGAUGGCGUCCUACUCACGUGGGGCAACAAUGACUUUGGCCAACUUGGACGGCGAACAGAUAGCGAUCACACUGCUCAUCCGGGUCGGGUCAACCCGCCCGCUUCCGCCGCCAAACUGAUCACAAUCGACGCAGGCGCCAAUCGAUCGGCCGUCAUUGAUAGUGCUGGCACAUUAUAUACCUGGGGCAGAGGCGACCAUGGACGCCUGGGCCACGGUGACACUGAAAAUGUCCUGGCACCCAAGCGCGUCGACGCGCUCUAUGGACACUUCAUCACCAGCGUGUCGCUGGGAGGAGGACACACUCUGGCGCUCACAAAGAGUGGCCAGCUAUUCACCUGGGGUCGUGGCGAGAGCGGACAGCUCGGACACGGCUCUUUUCAAACACAACAGAUGUCACCCAAGCAGGUCCAGGCAAUGACCGAUCAGACCGUGACCUACAUCACAGCGGGCGGCUAUCACUCAAUCGUGCAGUGCGUCGAUGGCAGCGUGUACGCCUGGGGCAUGGGCGACUAUGGCUGUCUGGGCAUUGGCAACAGCGACGGGGGAAACAUCAACCUACCGCACAAGAUCACCCAACUACCCAAGGAUGACGCCAUCGUCGUGUUGUCGGGUGGCUUCCAACACAAUGUAGCGCUGUCCAAGACUGGCCGCGUCUAUUCAUGGGGCUGCGGCAAUGGCGGUCGUCUUGGUACACUCAAUGAGCAGCAUCAGUUCUCUCCACAUCAAUGUCCCAUCAAAGACUACCUCCCACUCAAUGUCACUGCAGGCGAGAUCACAAGUUAUAUCAUCGGAGUCAAGCGACCACCCAACAAUGAAGCUGUUGGUGUGGAGGAUACGACGCAGGCGCAAACCCAAACACAAACACCGACACAAACACAAACACAGGUUGAUUUGAAGCAAUCAGCACAUCCAACAUCAGUUGUGGAUGUGGAUGUGGUCGAGGUCGAGGCCAAAUCCUCCGCUUCUACAGUGCUGCCCGACACAGCAGUGGCCACACAACAACGACUCGCGAGUGGCAAUGAUCAUGAUCAAUGGCGUGACACAUUUGUACAUUGGAUAACAAAUUUGUGCGAUACCAAGCAUCUGCUUUCAAUCAUUUUGACCAAGAGGACAGCUAUGGCCGUUCCAACAAUGACGAUUGCCAACAACAGUGAGCGAAGUGGAAGCAAGGACAGCAUCAACCUUUCAAACAUCGAGAGUCUGUCCAACGAGUUGGAUGAGUUGGCCAAGGAGAUCAAACGACUCUCUCUCAUCCCCGCCACCACAACUACCGCUAUCAACUCCAGCAACGAUCAAUCGACAGCUGUUGCUGUCCCUAGCACCAGCCAGAUCAAUCAGGGAGAACAACUUGACAGAUUGAUCGAUCAACGCAACAAGGUCUUGCAAUCAAUGUUCGAUGAGUUGACUACAUCGCUAGCCUACUGGACUGAGUACCGAGCUCAAAAGAAUCAGAAGCUGGCCUUGCUCAGUCCGAUCAUACAACGAUUACAACCACAGACACCUCAACAACAGGAGGAACUACAACAUGGGCUGACUCAGAACUUGGCGCCGGAGGAGGAGAGACGUGGAAGCAUCACGCCUGGCAGCACAUCAAGCAUGCUCGAAAUCACCAAUCAAUGUGCCACACUCAAACAAACAAUAGCCGAUGGCAUUGCAAUGCUGUGCGCCACACUGGCCGCUGACGACGACGUGCCUGUCGAUGAGAACAAGCUCUCCGCGCACAUUGGCAAGGUGCAGCAAGCAAUGAGCGACGCAAUCAGAUGUGCCAAGCGAUACAGUUCGAUCAUAAUGUACCAGGUAGCGCAGUGUGAGUCGGUGAUAGGCGUGCAAACAGCGCACAAGGCCGAGGUCAAGCUGCAUCAGGAGCAGAUCACACUGGGCACACAGAUGGUGGAGGAGCGCGAGUCCGUGCGUCUGGAGCACAGGAAUUGCAAGCGAGAGAUAAUCAACGUUAGCAAGAAGAUCGAGGUUUUGGAGCUGGAGGAGGACAGCACCGAGCAGUCCGCUCUGCAAUCGCUCAACCAAGAUCUCACGGUGCUGAAACGCGACGAGCAGCGUCUAUCCUCCAAGCAGAUGGAGCUCAACAGCGCCAUCCUCCUGCUCACCGAGCGAUACUCACCAGAGCUAAAGUACAAACUACAGCAACACGAUAAGAUAUCAAACAAAGUCAAGGAUACAGGAUUAUUGAACAAUCAACGCAAGUUCAAUCAUUAUACCAUCAUCAAGACACUGGCUACACAUCCACAUUCAGUCUACUUGGCAUCAUUUGACGACCAACAAGUAGUCCUCAAGGAGUUUGGAAUUGGUGACCAGCUUGGCAAACAGAUGUUUGAGCGACAAGUGGCCCUGAUGAAACUGAUGAAUCACAAGUGCAUCAUGACUAUACAGUCAGUGUUCUACGAUAGGAACGCAUUCAUUCAGAUGGAGUAUGUUAGGGGAGGCGCACUGAAUGAGUGGCUGACUAGCAGUAGUCGCACAAGAUCAACGAGCGACUCGCAAGACGGCAGGAAACCAUGGGAGCUUCAAAAGGCAUUCCAAUUGAUCAUUCAAGGCAUCGCAUACAUGCACUCAAAUGGUAUUAUUCAUCGUGAUCUCAAGUUGGAGAAUGUGUUGGUGCGCGAAGAUGACACACCCGUCAUCUCUGACUUUGACCUGUCCAAGGACCUUUCGGGCGGAGGUGGCGGCUCGUCCGUCACGUUGUUUGCGGGUGGUACCGAGAUGUACCUGGCGCCCGAGAUGAAGGAGUCCAAGUCGACGGGCUCGUACACCACCGACAUCUGGGCAUUUGGUGUGAUGCUAUACAAGGCACACUUCCCUCGCGCUCGCGACCCAUUCUUGAUGCCUGGCGAAAUGUCCGUGGCCAUCCCUCAGCACCCCGACCAGCGACUGACCGCACUGCUGGGCUCCAUCCUCCAGAGGAACCCAUCGCAACGCCCCAAUGCACAUCAGAUCGCUGUCCAUCCCUACUUUGUGACGUCACUCGUCGAGGACCUGCUCUCAUCACGUACGCUCAUUGACAGCCGCGAGAAGAUUGCCGCGUUCCGAGCACACAUCUCGUCGCUUACAAUGCUGUCCGAGGAGACCAACGAGUCGCUGGUGAUGUCCGUCAAGCGUUCAUCAUUGAUUGUCGACGUGUUCCAAUUCUUCAAGAAGAUGGAGAGCAUCAAGUUGUUCUCACACCUCGAGGUCGACUUCCAAGGCGAGAAAGGACUGGAUCAUGGCGGACUAUCAUCAGAGAUGUACUCACUCUUCUUCAACGACAGUGAGAUACUCUAUCGAAAGUCCAACGAUGUAGAUAACAGCAACAACAACAACAGCGGCAGCAACAACAAUAACGAAACUCAUGACGUUGAUGGAGGCGAUCGAUCAAAGAGUAUAUUCUCAAACAGAUACAAGCUGCUGGCAAGGGGAUCUACCGAGUCCCCGUUCUACCUACCAAGUGCCACGCAACUGGACAUGGACGAACCAUUAUGGGCAUUCAUGAAGACUGAGCAGGCUGUAUACAAGACGCUGGGCAAGGUGUUCCUAAAGGCAGUGAUCGAUGGCAAACCAAUCCCCGACGCAUUCCCACCAUCAUUCUUCAAAUACCUGCUCAACAUCGAUCCCAACCUGCAGGACCUCGAAGCGUACGACCCACAGCUGGGCCAGAGCUUCAAGAAGGUGUUGUUGCUGGAGAACAUCGAUCAGUAUCUCAGCACGACGUUCGAAGGCCUGGUGGAGGGCGGCGAGGAGAUCGCCGUCACGGACCUCAACAAGGAGGACUUUAUCCAGAGGAACAUCAAUCGCAUACUCAUUGGCAGCAGGAAGUACCAGUUGGAGUCGUUCAGAAGCGGAUUCAUGUCGAUCGACAGCCUGAACGCACACUUUGCACUCUUCUCGCCAACUGAGCUCCAACUGCUCAUCUGUGGCAACACGAUCGUCGAUGCCGAUGUGCUGAAGCGACACAUCAAGUUCAUUGGCUUCCCGGCUACAAGCGAUACGCCACGCCACUUCUUGGACAUUAUCGACGCGAUGACUCAGGACGAGCUUCACCUGUUCCUGCGCUUCAUGACGGGUAUGGUUGUGAUCCCCAUGCAAGGACUCGAGCGUCCCCUCUCCAUCAUACACAUUCCCAAGAGCGAGAAGUUGCCCACGUCACAUACGUGCAGCUACCAACUUGAUCUUCCCGACUACAGUGACUUUGACACGCUAAAGAAGAAGCUGUUACAGAUGCUCGAUUGGCUAGACUCUGGAUUUGGUUUCAUUUGA